AUGCUGGUCUCCCUGACCGUCGGCAAGGUCGACGCAGGCGUCACUGUACUGCUGACGCCUGACAAACGCCUGAUUGAGUUCCCGUCCAUCCUGCUGCCGCCUGACAUCUCGUCUGGCUCCAUUGUCGACAUCACCGUUGGCCAGAACACUGCCAAAGAGUCCGCCGCGCAAGCCUCCUUCCGCGCCCUCCAAGACCAGAUCUAUGCCGCCUUUGGCGCGGCCGAGCCGUCCAUCCCUGUACUACGCUGCCGCAAUGCCACACAGACCUCUGUCGUCCUAGAGUGGGACCCCAUACAGCUGGCGACAGCCGACCUCAUCUCGCUCAGCCUGCAUCGCAACGGGCAAAAGGCGGGCAACAUCCCGAGGCCCAUGGAGAUGCACAGCACCAAGAUCAGCGGACUCGCCGUCGACACGGAGUACGUCUUUCACCUGGUGCUGAGAACAACGGCCGGCACGUCCUCGAGCGAAAAGGUGCAUGUGCGGACGCACAAGAUGACAGACCUAAGCGGCAUCACCAUUACCACUGGCGUCAUGCCUGCCUCCACAAAGGAGAAGCUGCAGGGCGCUGUGGAGCGCAUGGGCGCCAAGAUUGUGGACGGGGUGCGCAUUGAUACCACGCAUUUCGUCACCACGGAGGGCAGGGGGCAGGCGUGGGAGAAGGCUGUCGAGACGAAUAUACCAGUCGUCAGGCCCGAAUGGGUGGACGCCUGCGAGAAGAAUGGGAGAAUCCUGGGUGUCACGAAAUUCUACCUGGAUGCGAUGAGGCCUGGACCUCCGAGCGAAGACACGCUGCCGGCGGCGACACCACCUCCUCCCGCGCCGGAAACUGUGGAGGAGAAGCGCGAGCCUGAGGCCGAGCCACCGACACCGACAGAGCAGUUACCAAGUCAGAAUGUGGAGGCGAAGCCUCUCCCCGCAACCAAGGACGACGAUGACUCGGACGAAGAUGGAGACGCAGACGCUACGGAGGAAGCACAGCCAGAGCAGAAGACAAAGGCCGCCGAGCCGGAGCCAAAGUCGCGGACAGAGCCAGAACAGGAGCAGCAGAAGGUACGGUUAGAAGACAAAGAAGAAAACCAGGUCGCGAUGCGGCCGAAAGCGAUGGAAAAGGACGAGGGGGCUUGCGCGAACGGCGAGGAGGGAGGGAAUGGCGUAGUGGACACGGAGAAGAAGGACAGCGGCGGUGACGACGCAGCAAAGCCUGCCACGACGCCAGAUGGUGCCUCAUUCCAGGAGAUUUCACUGUAG